AUGCCGCCGCCGCCCGGGCCGGCCGCCGCCCUGGGCACCGUGCUGCUGCUGCUCCUGCUGGCCUCGGAGUCCGCGCACACCGUGAUGCUGCGGGCGCGCGAGGCGGCGCAGUUCCUGCGGCCCAGGCAGCGCCGCGCGUACCAGGUCUUCGAGGAGGCCAAGCAGGGCCACCUGGAGAGGGAGUGUGUCGAGGAGCUGUGCAGCAAGGAGGAGGCCCGGGAGGUGUUCGAGAACGACCCCGAGACGGAAUACUUUUAUCCCAGAUACUUAGACUGCAUUACUAAACAUGGAUCUCCGUACACAAAAAACCCAAACUUUGUUCAGUGCGUUCAAAACCUGCCUGACCAGUGCUCUCCAAACCCCUGCAGUAAGGAGGGGACCCAAGUCUGCCAAGACCUCAUGGGCAACUUCUUCUGCCAGUGCAAAGCCGGCUGGGCGGGACGGCUCUGUGACAAAGAUGUCAACGAAUGCAGCCAGAAGAACGGGGGGUGCAACCAGAUAUGCUACAACAAGCCGGGCAGCUUCCACUGCGCCUGCUACAGCGGCUACGAGCUCUCCCGGGACAGCCGGAUCUGCCAAGACAUAGAUGAGUGUGCAGAUGCGGACGCCUGCGGGGAGGCGCGCUGCAGGAACCUGCCUGGCUCCUACUCCUGCCUGUGCGACGAGGGCUACGCAUUCAUCUCCCAGGAGAAGGCCUGCCGAGAUGUGGACGAGUGCACGGAGGGGCGCUGUGAGCAGGCCUGCGUCAAUGCCCCGGGGACCUACACCUGCCACUGCAACGGACGCGGGGGCCUCAAGCUGUCCCGGGACAUGAACACCUGCGAGGACAUUCUGCCCUGUGUGCCUCUCAAUGUGGCCAGAAGCAUGAAGUCCUUGUACCUGGGCCGCAUGUUCAGCGGGACGCCAGUGAUCAGGCUGCGCUUCAAAAGGCUUCAGCCCACGAGAUUGGUGGCCGAGUUCGACUUCAGGACCUUUGACCCCGAAGGCAUCCUUUUCUUUGCUGGAGGCCAUCAAGGCAGCAACUGGAUCGUCCUGGGCCUGCGAGCUGGGCGGCUGGAGCUGCAGCUCCGCUAUCAGGGCGUCGGCCGCGUCACCAGCAGCGGGCCCAUCAUCAACCACGGCAUGUGGCAGACGGUCUCCAUUGAGGAGCUGGAGCAGAGUCUGGUCAUCAAGGUGAACAAGGAUGCUGUGAUGAAGAUCGUGGUGGCCGGGAAUCUGUUUCAGCAGGUCAGGGGCCUGUACCACCUCAACCUCACCGUGGGAGGCAUUCCCUUCAAGGAGAAAGACCUCGUCCAGCCUAUAAACCCCCGCCUGGAUGGCUGCAUGAGGAGCUGGAACUUGAUGAACGGCGAAGACACCACCAUUCAAGAAACAGUGAAAAUGAACACGAAGAUGCAGUGCUUCUCUGUGACUGAGAAAGGUUCCUUCUAUCCGGGCAAUGGGUUUGCCUUCUACAGCCUUGACUACGCACGAACAUCCCCGGACGUUGGGACCGAGACAACCUGGGAAGUAGAGGUCGUGGCUCAGAUCCGCCCCGCCACCGACACGGGGGUGCUGUUCGCUCUGGUGGGUGACAACCACACCGUCGCCCUCUCCGUGGCCCUGGUCGACUACCACUCCACCAAGAAGCUCAAAAAGCAGCUGGUCAUCCUGGCUGUGGAGAACGUCACCCUGGCCCUGAUGGAGAUCAAAGUCUGUGACAGCCAAGAGCAUGUGGUGAACAUCUCCGUGGCGGAGGGAGGGGCCACCCUGGCUGUGGACGGCACCAAAGGCCAGAGUGAAGUGAGCCCCGUGGAGCUGCAAGAGAGGCUGGCUGUCCUCGGGAGGCGCCUGCAGGGCCCUUUGCUCACCUUCGUCGGGGGACUGCCAGAUGUGCCGGUGACCUCAGCACCGGUCACGGCUUUCUACCACGGCUGCAUGACGCUCGAGGUCAACCAGAAGGCGCUGGACCUGGAUGAGGCCUCCUACAAGCACAGCGACAUCACGUCGCACUCCUGUCCCCCCGUCAAGCCGGCCAGCCCCUAG